AUGCACUCUUCUGAACUUCGCGGAAUUGCCACUGUCUUGCGUACCGCACGCACCAAUCGGACACCUAUCGAUCCUCCCACGAAGUCAUGGCCUACUCUCGACGCCGAGAGCGGCUUCGAAGUCCAGCGAAUUGGUGCCGAAGAAGCUGUGAGAGAAGGUGACCGCCUGGUAGGGUACAAGCUGGGAAACAUUGCAAAAGUUAUGCAGGCGGCAUUUGGCCUUGACCACCCCGAUUAUGGCUUUCUCCUUGCCAGUACCAUGGUAUACGAGGGAACAAACGUGGCUCGAAAGAACUACAUCAAGCCAUAUGUUGAGCUGGAACCAGCGUUUGUUCUCAAAGGUCAUUUGAAAGGUCCGAACGUCACCGUGGCAGAUGUAAUCAAUGCCAUUGAUUACGCCCUUCCUGCAAUUGAAAUGAUCGAUUCGAGAGUGAGAAACUGGGAAAUCGGUCUGGCAGAUACCCUAGCGGACAAUGGCUCUACUGGAACAAUUAUCCUGGGCAGCACCCCCAGACGACUGACGGAUCUGAACCUGAGCAACACCCGGGGCACUCUUCAUUUCAAUGGUCGCGGGGUAGUAUCGGGCAACACUGGGAACAUUCUUGGGAAUCCAAUCUCCGCUGUUGCAUGGCUGGUAAACCGGCUCAGUGCUUACAAUAUCGAGUUCAAGCCGGGACAGAUCAUCAUGCCUGGUAGCUGUCUGGAGGCGACCCCGAUGGAGGAAUCCGGACACUGGUCUUGCACCUUUGAGGGCUGGGGAACUAUUGAGUUUGACGUUAUUUAG